CCCCGCCCCGCGCCUGCGCAGUACCAGCACUGCAGCUUUCCCGCGCGGUUGAAGGAUGAGAAGUAGUAAGGAGCCGUUUUUUGUGAAGUUCAUAAAGUCUCACGGGAGCUCGGAGUAUUUUUCUAAAGCUCUUGAGUCUAUAAAAGAAUUCCAGUCAGAAGAACAUCUCCAGAUCCUUGAAGAGAAAACAGUACUCAAUAUAAGAGAAAAUGAUAAAUCACUUUACAUUUGUGAUCCUUUCAGUGGUGUGGGUUUCAGUCAUCUCAAGAAGCUUGGCUGUAGGAUUGUUGGACCACAGGUAGUUCUGUACUGCAUGCAGUCGCAGCGGUGUGUCCCGAGAGCCGAGCAUCCCGUGUACAACAUGACCAUGGCCGAUGUCACAGUGUCCUGUACCAGCCUGGAGAAGGACGUGAGGGAAGAAGUUCAUAAAUAUGUGCAAAUGAUGGGUGGAUGUGUAUACAGAGAUCUCAAUGUGUCAGUAACUCAUCUUAUAGCUGGAGAAGUUGGCAGCAAGAAAUACUUGGUAGCUGCUUCUCUGAAGAAACCUAUUUUGCUUCCCUCUUGGGUUAAGACAUUGUGGGAUAAGUCUCAACAAGGCAUGAUGAGGUACACUGAUGUUAACAUGGAAGACUACGCCUGUCCUGUGUUCCUUGGCUGCACGAUUUGUGUCACUGGCUUAAGCAGCUCCGACAGGAAAGAAGUGCAGCGCCUCACUGCUGAGCACGGUGGGCAGUACACGGGGCAGCUCAAGAUGAAUGAAUGCACUCACCUCAUAGUGCAAGAGCCAAAAGGUCAGAAGUAUGAAUGUGCCAAAAAGUGGAAUGUGCACUGUGUGUCAGUGCAGUGGUUUUCUGACAGCAUCAAGAAAGGCUUCUGUCAGGAUGAGACAAUGUAUAAAAUAGAGGCUGGAUCACAACUGAGUAAUGCACCCAGUACAUCAACACCUACAAAUGACACCAGCAAGCCUCCCAAUCACGCCUUUUCAGAUGUCAGCCACAUUUCCAAUAUCAAUUUGAGUGGUGUUAAUGAAACUGCAUGUAGUUCAGCUAUGAGCAGCAGACUGGAUCCUGUUUCUGAUGAGCUGGAAAACCUGGACAUAAGUUCUUUUCAAGCCGCUGAAGAUUUGCUAGAUGGGUGUCGAAUCUAUCUCUGCGGCUUCAGUGGCAGGAAGUUGGACAAGAUGAGAAGGCUUAUUAAUUGUGGUGGUGGCGUUCGAUUUAAUCAACUUAAUGAAGAUGUUACUCAUGUCAUUGUGGGGGAAAAUACUGAUGAGCUGAAACACUUUUUGGACAAGACAGCUCACAGGCCUCAUAUAGUGACAGCAAAGUGGUUGCUGGAGUCAUUUGGUAAAGGUUGUCUAUGUCCAGUGGAGCACUAUAUCCCUCUAAACUACCAGCUGUUAGAGAAUCCAAUUUUAGAACAACCUGGAAUGAAGUCAAUUUUUCCCAAAAAAGCCAGUCUCUUGAAGAAAGAUGCUGUGAACAUUAUAAAGCACCAGAAAACUGCUGAAGAUGACUUCCUCUCUCAAUAUGCAGAUGACUAUUCUGCACUAGAUGAAGUUGAAAAACUAACAUCCAGAACCUUCAGUGAUGUUACUAGCUCGACUGCCCAAGGAGAGAAUCAGCCUUCUGUCUGUAAUGGGUCUUUGGCAGAGUCUUCUGCACUGGCUGAAGGAGGCUUAUUUUUCAGGAAGAGAUUUUUUCUUCUGGGUUUUAGUGAAGAGGACGAAUCCUGCCUUGCAGAUAUUAUUAAGGAGAAUGCUGGGGAAGUUCUGCCACUGCAAAGCAGAACCAUUGCAGACUAUGCUGUGGUGCCUUUGUUAGGGUGCACUGUGAAGGCAACUGUUGGUGAUGUCGUCACAAAUACAUGGCUGAUAACGUGCAUGGAACAACAGGCCCUUUUAGAUCUCAGAUCCAAUCCACUUUUCACACCAGUCCUGGUAAUGGAAGGAGCUACCCCUCUGGAAGAUUGUGUUCUUUCUUUCAGCCAGUUCACGGGUGCAGAGAGAGACUCCCUUGCUUAUCUGGCAGAGCUGCUGGGAGCCAGAGUCCAAGAAUUCUUUGUGCGGAAGGCCAGUGCCAAAAAAGGGAUGUUUGCCAGCACCCAUCUUGUGGUGAGAGAACCGAACGGCUCCAAGUAUGAAGCUGCGAAGAAGUGGAAUUUGCCAGCAGUCACUGUAGCUUGGCUUUUGCAGUCUGCAAGGACAGGAAAGAGGGCAGAUGAAAGCAAGUUCUUGGUUGAAAAUGCGGAGGCUGAAGAUACAGAGAGUUUCAUUACUCAGCUUAGCAAGACACCAGCGACUGUAAAAUCUCCUAAUUUUGAGCAGCCUAUUCAUAUUCUUGAAGCUGGAAAAAAAGGACCUGUGACCCCCCUUGAUAUCAACAGGUUUCAGAGUAAAGCUUUCCAAGCUGUAAUCUCUCAUCAUACUGGGAAGACAACUCCUGUUGCACAAGGGGGACCACUUCAGAAAGAACCAUCUUUAAAUCUUGACACACCAUCAAAGUUUCUUUCCGAAGACAAGAUCUUCAAGCCUUCUUUUGAUGUGAAGGAUGCUCUGGAAGCUCUGGCAACUCCUAGAGGUUUUGAACAAAGAAACAGGAAACUGAGCACACCUCUCUCCGAAGUCAUUGGCAGAAACUUGAAACUGGCACUGGCAAGCAGCACAACUCAUGCAGCAGCUUUUACUGCCAGCCCUCAGUUGGCUGCUGCACAGCCAGAAGUGGAAGAAGAGCCCAAGCCUCUAGCUGGUGCUGUUAUAUAUGUUAGUAAAAAACUUUGUAAGAGGCAAAGGGAGCUGAAUGCAGUAGCAGCUUCUCUUGGAGCAGACUACAGAUGGUGCUUUGAUGAAACAGUAACACACUUCAUCUAUAAGGGUGGACAGAAUGAUAGCAAUAAGGAGUACAAAUCUGUUAAAGAACGGGGUAUACAUAUUGUUUCAGAACAUUGGCUUUUAGAGAGUGCCCAAGAAUGUAAAUGGCUUCCUGAAUCUCUUUUUCCUCACACUUACAAUCCCAAAAUGAGCCUGGACAUCAGUGCAGCGCAAGACAUCAGGCUCUCCUCCUCCUCCUUUCUUUCAACUGGAAAACCAGCUGAGGAAAAUGAGAUUAUUCCAGAGGAUGAAGAUGAUGUAACUACUGACCAAAUAAAGGGAACAGUCACUGUAGGAGAAGAACAAACUGUAGCAAGUGAAUCCAAAGGAGGUAAAUUUUUAACCCAAGCACUAGAAAUGAGGGAGAACUUCCAGAAGCAGCUGCAGGAGCUCAUGUCUGCCACAUCACUAGUGAAACCACAAGGGCAAAGAGGAUCCCUUUCAAGGAGCAGCUUUGAUGGCUCUCCAGCCACUCCCGACAGCGCACGGUCUGUGCGAAAUGGCCGCAGUAGGGUCUUGGAAGCUCUAAGGCAGUCCCGCCAGGCACUGGCAGAUGUAAAUACAGAGCCAUCCCAGAGCGAGCAGAUCAUUUGGGAUGAUCCUACUGCGAGGGAAGAGAGAGCAAGACUUGUCAGCAACCUUCAGUGGCCUAACAGUCCCUCUCAGUACCUUGAGCAAGGUCAGAGUAACACCAAUAAGAACGUGGAUGAGUCUGCCCUCAAAGGAUCCGUACCUGAUGCAGAGAUGGCUGGUAUAGAUGUUCCUGAGGCUGGGCAUGGAGAUGUGACUGAAAGGCUGAAGAAUCCCAUAUGUAGAGAUCCCGAAACACCCGUUAAGGAUAACUUGAUCCCUACUCCACAGGCACCCAGCAUUGCUUUCCCCCUGGCUAACCCUCCUGUGGCACCAGAGCCCAAAGAAAAGGUUGUUACUGAAGAUAAGAAGGUUGAUGAAGAAACAGAAAAAUUCCGUAAAUUUCAACUGUCUUCUCUUAAUCCUCAAGAAAGAAUUGAUUACUGCCAUCUGAUUGAGAAAUUAGGUGGAAUAGUGCUUGAGAAGCAGUACUUUGAUGCGAGCUGCACACACAUUGUUGUGGGACAUCCUCUUCGCAAUGAGAAAUUCUUGGCCUCGAUGGCGGCUGGCAAGUGGGUGCUUCACCGUUCCUACCUGGAGGCGUGCAGGGGAGCUGGCUGCUUUGUUCAGGAAGAAGACUAUGAGUGGGGAAGUAACUCCAUACUUAAUGUUUUGUCUGGAAUCAAUGUAAACCAGAAGAAACUAGCAGUGGCAGCCAUGAGGUGGAGGAAAAAAAUUCAUAAAGGGAAGCAAGAAACAGGUGUUGUUGAGGGUGCUUUCAGUGGUUGGAAAGUGAUCCUGAAUGUUGAUCAAACCAAGGAGGCAGGAUUCAGGCGCCUUCUUCAGUCGGGAGGAGCAAAAGUGUUCUCUGGCCAUUCUGCUUCUCUCUUUAAAGAAGCAACUCACCUCUUUGCUGACUUCAGCAAACUGAAGCCAGAGGACUCCAGGGUGGACGUGGCAGAGGCAGCAGCCCAGGGAGUGAACUGCCUCAAACCCGAGUACAUCGCUGACUACCUCAUCCAGGAUCCACCUCCCCCUAUGGAGUCUUACUGCUUGCCAGAAGCUGUGUCUUACCCUCAGAAUAACUCAGAUCUUGGAAUUGGAUCAUCCCAGAAAAGAAAAGCACUGGGAGAAAUGAGCAGAGUCAAGCGAUCCAGAAUACACUAAGCAUAUUCUCUGAUCUUAAUUUGUACAUUUUAAAAUUCAUAUUUAUAUUUUUUCAUUCUUGCCCAAAAAAUUAAAAGCUUUGAGUUUCACUUUUUAUUUGUCCUGAGAUUAAAAUAAAUUUGCAGUAAUGGUUAUAGGAAAGAUUGCUUUGGUUACCAGUAGCAUCUAAAACUAUGGCAAGAAUUCAUCCAAAACAUAUUUUACCUUGUCUCAACUAUCCCAUCACUGCACUAGUGAUUUUUUCUGUAGGCACAGUUGUAUAAUAAUAGUUCAGAAAUCAUUUGUAAAAUGCUUAUCACAUCUUUUAUCUGUGUGUUGUGGGGAAAAUACCAAUUGAUGAAAAUUCCAUUGCAUUUCCCAUAUAGUAAUAGACUUAGAUUUUUGCUUUUUUUUUUCAUCUUUUGGUAUUUUCUAUUGGAAGGGAAGAGGCAAAUCAGACAAAAAGAACUGGCUUGUAAAUUUUUUGUACUAAUAGAGAGUGUAGUAAAUUAUUGCUAUAGAUUACAGGUGCUGUUGCUGCCAUCCUGAGUGCUAAUGAAUCUGCUCAGCAACUGCAGAAACAAUUCUAUUACCCAAGAGGUGAAGUUUGUCUUGACCAUGUUCCCUGUUUGAAUCUGUGACAGGAACCAGAGCCAGACAAAGACUUCAGUUUCUGGCAGCUGGAAAUGUUCUUAGUCAGACAGCCAGAAUAUUUGACAAAGUCUUUGACCUUUUCAGUAACAGUGGGUCUGGGUAUUUACAGAACUUUAUGUAUGUGAGUGCACUGUGUUAGUCUAGGCAAAGGUGUUCUCAUGGAACCUGAAGAGUUGUAUUUAAGCAGCUGGAAUUACUACAGGCUGCUUGAACAGAAAAGCACAGCAUCCAGUUGCACAGGACCAGUGGAGUUGUCUGGAAGAAUACAUGUAACACUGAAGUCUAUUUAAUUUACCUCUUUUUUGUUUUGAAGGCAGGGGUGUAUGUUAUGUUUAUUUUCUAGCUGCUGAAUACUGUUUUCUAGAAAGAGUUUACAUCAGUAUUUGUUACAGAUCCAAGACUGAGCCACAAUCAUUUAAGAGCCCUGUGCAACCUGGAGCAGUCCCUCUGGGCUGGGCAGAACAAACCUUUUGCUGCUUGGGAAAAGGACAAGGCACCUGAGCCAUGGGGUCUCCAGGUGAGAGAGAACAGGAAAGCAGCUUGUCUUUAUGUGCAAGGCUGUGCUUUGUGCUUCUGAUUUCCUGCUUUAGUGCAGCAGAUCUUUUAUUAGUGAGCUCUGCAAACUGCUGUCAGCAUAACCUGAAGGAAUUGUCAGAAAGGAGUGAGAAUGAAUGUGAGGUAUUUGCUUCUUUAAAGAAGUGAAAUCUGUGCCCCUGUCACUGCGGUCUUGGCUGUGACAAGACUGCUAUGUUGAGCAGCAGUGACUACAGCCUUACCCCACCUGCUUUUGGUUGUUUUUUUUUAAUAACAGCUUGAUGCUUUUUGGUAUUUGUGGACAUCAAACAUCUUCAACUUGUUCCAAGUCCAUGUACUGAAAAUAAUGCCACUGUUAGUGCCUUACAUCACAUUUUGAAUUAACUUUAACUUUGAAUUAACUGUGUAUUUCACUGUUCUACCUCUGAAGUGCUGCUUUGCAUUGCAGGCAUUUGAAACAGGUGCAAGUAUUACCAGGCAAGACCUAAGGUUCCUGUGACUUUUUCUUCCCAGAAGCUGCUGUGGAAGGGUAGUGUUGGUAUUUUCACUUUAUAGAUAAGAACCCAUUCCCUGACCACAGUGAAACAAGUAACUUGGGAUCUGAGUGCUACAAGGGCAGUGUUCUCUGCCCUUGUGGACACUGGUUUAAAGCCAGGGCUGAGGCAGGACAGUGAGGGAGGGCUGGGGGAACAGAAGCAGAAAGCAGCUGUUCCAGCCAGAGCCAACUCCUCUUCUGUGCUGGGCCUCAAACAUCCAGCUGUCUGUAUGCCACACACAGGGGAACACAACACAAGCAAGACAAACUUGGGAGAUGAAAAUUCAGUUGGUGCUGUUAAGAUAAAUUUAUUUUCUUCAGCUUUCUUCACAGGAAACAUCAUGAAAGUGCUUUACAGAGUUUGAAUACCAUUACUCUACCAUGGGACAAAAGGACAACAGGUGUGUGCACUGCACAGUUAGAAGUUGUCAUAUGCGGAAGCCAUGAUAGGUAAACCAGGGUAAAAAAAAAAAUCUACUGACAAAAAUAUAUAUAGUUCAGGCAUUGAACUUAAGUUAUGACUAUUAACACAAUUAUAUAAAUAUACAGGCACCAUUAGGUUCCUGUGUUAACUGUGGGGGCCACACAGGGAUUCUCAGAAACAGAUCAUCUUGAACUCUGCUUAAACAGUUUCUGCUGUGCUCCAUAGGCUCCCAGCCAAACCAUUUCCCCAGACAGUAUAAUUCUUUUUCUUUUGCACUACACUGAGCCCACAAUUAAUUUAUUCACAUUAAAGUCUGGUACUGAUGCAUUCUGGUACAUUGUUGAAAACAAAUUCAGGUUGCUUUUUUUCCUUUUGAUUUACAGAGAGCUCAUCUUACAAUUCUUCCCUCAAUAAUCUCUUAAUUAAAAAAAAAUUAAAAUGCUUUAGGCUAGAUCCUGCUGUGAGGUAAGACAGUUUUGUUUAAGCUAGAGCAUUACAGUCAUGCAACCCUACUCCUUUCCAUAGCCGAGGUGUGUUGUACUGUGAACAGUGCUACUGCCUCCCUUUUGUUGUACUCUGUGGGAAUUCAGCUCCUGCAUAGCCUUUGAAGCUCUCUAGGUUUCAGUUCUUCAAGGAGACUGCAUUUACUUGCUAGGCAGUUUUGCAAUGUUUGUGAUAUUACAGCCCUGACAAAAACAAUGCAGCAUGAUCAAGACUCAGGAGUUCUUGCCUGCUGCUUUCUAAAUAAGUGGUGAAUAAUUCAGGCACCUGACUAAGGAAUCCUUGGCAUGGUAAUAAUGUAGAUGAAUAGAAGAAGGAGAGAAUACUCUAGGGCAAAGAGAGGUCAAACCAAGAGAUUUUUGCUGUGUUUUGAGUUCCAGGAAAUACAAUGAGCAGAGCCCAUUACCUAGAAAACAUUGCCAUACCAGUUUCCAAAGCCACUUUGCCUUUUUCCCAAUUCCCAGAGUAGAGACACAGUGCACGGUCAAAGAACUUGUCAGUGCUGAAGGUUACUGGGCCAUUGGUAAGUAACAGUACAGAGCUACAGUGGCAAGACAGGGCUUUGGUGAGUACAGCAGAGGUGAGGCUUCCAGAGGCACAGGGGAGCCUAUGAAGUGUUACCUUCUAACAACUCUCAGACUCAUUGGCUCUGUUUUCCUACCCACGUCCUCAAAAAGUGAAAAUCUACCAACUCCCCUUGGCCAACUUAAUCAACUCCCAGCGGCCACGACUGGUUUUUGACAGAAUACUGCUGUAAUAGAACACUUAACAGAUACAGAUCUUUGGAUGCAAAAUCCAAGGUACAUUGUUCUCAACCCAGUAUCAGCAUUAGUACUCAAAGGCAGCUGCUCUCUAGGAUGUGGUACUCUGAUAAUUGAGGUAAUGCAGCUCUCAAGGGCCAGGCUGUACAUCCUACCAGGCUUGAGUCUGCCCUUAUGACACAUCCUUUGUAUCUGUAAACAUAACAUGACUGGGAAAUUCAGUCAGUGCUUAAAGACAACAUCAUUUACAACUCCAUGCUCUUUAAAGCACAAGAUGAUGAGAAUGAAGAGAACAAACAAACCACAAAGACUAAGCCUGCCCUCCAGUGUUGCUUCAUCUCAAAUACUGUAACGCAGUUUCAAUAUCCAGUUAAAUACUACUCCAGGUAUAUUAGAUUGAGCAUGGCUGAGCUCAUGUGGUUGCUGGUCAGAGACCAAGUAAUAGUAAUGCAUCUGCUUCAUCUCUGGCACAAAGAGGAGAAUUACCCAAAAAUUUAAAAAAAGUUUCACUGGCACUUGAUUCUGGCUGUCACACCUAGAUGUCAAAUGAUCCCAAAUCUUUGAUCUCAAAUCAAAUGUUAAUGAAACUGACCUUGUAUGACAGAAAUAACUAUUGAAACCAGUGAAGUUAAGCUCUGGGAGACCAUACGCAUAUUUUUGCCUUUUUCUCAAUAUGUUCUAUUGUAGCAACCAGUUUUUAUGGUUUGAAUCCCUUUGCUAUGGUUGUAUAUACUCUGAAAGAUAUGCAAAAUAAGUGGUUUGUUUUAAUUGAAAAAGGAGGCUUAUGACAAUACUUUAACAGUUUUCUGUAGGCAAUUACUUGAAAUAAAGCAGACAUGUAAUGUGAUGACCUCAUUGCUAUAACUGAGAUAGAAUGGAAAUUCACUACAGAAGAGAGGAGACAUGAAAAGGAAUAGAAAACAUCAGAUUGAGCAAAAAUUAGUAAGAGCUUGCCAUGCUACUCACUGACCAGAAGAGUGGAUUAUAUACAU